CCCACAUCCUCAUGGAUACUAGUCGGAUUUGUUUGUACUGUGCCACAACAGGAACUCUUUCAUUGCCUAUUUUUGAAUUGGGCUUUUUUGGGUGGUUGUUGUGUUUUAGGAAUUCUCUAUAUAUUGGAUCCAAUUCUCUCUAUGUGGAUAUUAAUUCCCAAAUUAAGUAAACAUUUUAUUUUAGGUGUAAUUCUACAGCAUGUAUUUAAUUUUCAUGACAGACUUCAAUAUAGUAUACUCUGGAGGGUGAUAAACAGAUUUAUUGAGGUUUGAUUGACAUACAAAGUACUGAAUAUAUUUAAAAUAUGCAACUUGAUAAGUUUUGACGUGUAUACAUCUGUGAAACUAUUGCCACAGUUAAAAUAAUGAACGUAUUCAUCACCUCCCAAAAUUUUGUCCUGUCCCUUUGUAAUUCCUUCCCUCACUCCUUUCUGACCUUCCCCCUUUUCAGGCAAAUACUGAUAUAGUUUGUCAUGAUAAAUCAGUUUAUUUUCUAAAGUUUUAAAAAAUGGAAUAUAUAGUAUGUACUUUUGGGGGGGGUUGGCUUUUUCUACUCAGUAUAAUUAUUUUGAGGUUCAUCCAUGUUGUUGCCUGUAUCCGUAUUUCAUUCCUUUUUAUUGCUGAGUGGCAUUCUCUUGAAUGGCGCCCAGUCAGGAGGUAGAAGCCAUACAGUAGGUUAAGCAGGAAAAGUUUAGUAUCAAGAAUUAUUAACUACGGCAAAAGAGUUAACUAUAAGAUAUAAAGAAACUUUAUACAGUACCUUAGGGCUUUGGGAGAGUACCCAAGGAGGACAAAUUUGGAAGGGGUUAAGACCUCAUUGGAGAAGAUGUGGUUCAGUCCACUGGAUAGCAGAGAAGUUCACAGUUUGUUCAUGCCAGAGGUAGUCUGAAGUUGCUGGAUAAGCAAUAAGCACCUCAUCGGAGUGCAAGAUGAGAGCAGGGAAUCAGCAGUUGGUGGAAUGGGUGUGUAGUGGGAGUUCAGGUGCCAGCAGCGGCAGGUAAUUUUUGGAAUAUGUUUGUUGCAUUGGGAACUUGCAGGAGAGACAGGUUGUGUGUAUCCAUCUGGCCACAGACACCUGUGUUUGGUUUGAAUGGGGGCUUGUAGAGGGAGUGUAGAAGCUGGCAUGGCAAGAGACCUUCGGAGUGCUCAGGGCUCUGGUUUCUUUGUUGAGAGGGAUGUUGACACCUUAUCACCAGGCUGAGGCUUCAAGGUUGCAGGAUUGAUUCUCUGCAGGUGGCUGGGACAGCACUUUACUGGAAGUCCUCACACCCACACCCAACAUUCUUUCUCCUUCAAGUCCCUUCUGUAAACUACCAGAGAGCCUCUUUCUACUUCAGUGUCCUUUGAGUGCCCUCUGCUAAGAAUGCUGAACAUGGUGCAUGUUGAAGGAGGGCUACUGAAAGGAAUUUUGUUUAUCAUAUAGCAUAUUUUGAUGGAUGCAUUUAGAACUGAGGGGCAGUAAAUUGAUAAGUGACACAUAUGGAUAUAUUAUAAUUUGUGUAUCCAUUGUUAAUGGGCAUUUUGGGUUCUUUUUAGUUUUUGGCUCUUAGAAGUAAAGCUACUGUGAACAUUAAUAUGUAAGUUUUUGUAUGAACACAUAUUAUCAUUUCUUAUAGGUAGGUACCUAAAUGUGUAAUGACAUUAGGUAUGUAUAUAACUUUUUAGGAAAUUGCCAAAUAGUUUUCCCAAGUAGCUUUAUAAUUUUUGUUAAAUAUGAUAGGUGUGUGUAUAACUUUUUAGGAAAUUGCCAAAUUGUUUUCCAUAGUAACUUUACCAUUUUUGUUUGUUUGUUAUUGCUGGCAAUAUAUGAAAGUUCUGUAUCUUACUAACAUUUGGUAUGAUUAUUCUUUUAAAUUUUAGCCAUUCUAACCAGUGUGUGGUGGUGUCCCCUUGUUUUAAUUUCCAUUUCGCUAAUGACUGAUUAUAUUGAGCAUCAGUUCGGGUGUUUAUUUAUCAUUUGUAGAUUUUCUUUAGUAAAAUGUUCACAUCUUUUACCUGUUAUUAUUUUAAUUGUGUUGUUUUCUUAUUGUUGAGUUUUCAGCGUGCUCUUUAUAUAUAUAAAUAUAUAAAUAACUUGGUUUUCUAUUAGGUUAUCUUUUGGAAGUUUUACGGUUUUAGGUUUUAGAUUUAGACCUAUGAUGCAUUUUGAAUUGUUUUUUUUAAGAUACGGAACAAAAUUAUUCAUAUUUUUGCAUGUGAUAUCCAAUUGGUCUAGCACCAUUUGUAAAAAAGGCUGUCCUUUUUGAUUUUUGUCAAAAAAAAUUUCAUACUAUAUAUGUGGGUUUAUUUUUGAUUAACCGAUUUGUUUAUCUGAUUCCUGUCUGUCUUGAUGUCGCUAUUGUUUUGAUUGCUAUGGUUUUAUAAAAAGUCGUGAAACCAGGUCAUGCUACCCAUUUAACUUUUUGUUCUUUUUCAGUGUCAUUUUGGCUCUUGUGCUGGUUGUCAGUUUAUUGUACCUCAGCUCCAGAUUUAUCCUUUUUGCCUGAAAAUGUAUCAGGUCCUUCAAAUGCUUUUCUUUUGCCAGCUGCCACAGUGUUAAGUUUUGUCAGUAAAGAGCACUGGAAGAGACAUAGCAGAAGGAAAGUUUUGCUUCUUGUUUCCUGUUUACUUGCUUGGUGGUCUCUAGCAGCACACUCAUCUUCUCCACUCUCAGCCCACAUAGCUGUCCCCAGUGUACAUCUCCUGAGCACGUGCGGCUUUACCAGCACCAGGCUCCUGCAGUUCACAGAGGGCAGUGAUAACUCAGCAGCCAGCAACGCAGGCAUCUUCUCUUUGUACCUCUACCGCAUGUGGUUUCUAACAGAGUGUCUUGGUGGGACACUUCCAGGUGAAGAGCUUUUCAUACCUCUCUGAAGUCUAGCUUUCUGGCAAGUUCCACAGGCAGAUUUCCAGCAAGUUCUGCUGGUAUGGCACCAGAGCAGCUUCUCUACUAUUCAGUGAGACAGGACUGUGCCCUCUCCAGCAAAAUGUGGAUGUCACUCCUGGAAUGAUUUGUGGAGGAUUGAGAAAGGUUCUUGCUUGAGUACUCUGUCUCAGCCCUAGAAGCAUGUAGAAUCCAUGAAGCACAGGUAAAUAAAGCUUCCUACUGAUACCACCAGGAAAAUCUCUUUGAAAGAGUCACCACAGGACUACCACAGAGACUAAUUUGUCUGAAGCAUCAUGUGUUGAAACAAGAGAGGACUGCUGGCCUUGCACAAGCUAGAAACAGAGUUACGAUGUUUUCAAUUCUUUGAGCUCUAGGAAGCCACGAAAGUGAGUUGAAAGUCUGAAAAUGCGGCCAUGGACUGGUUCGUGGCGUUGGAUUAUGCUCAUUCUUUUUGCCUGGGGGACCUUGCUAUUUUACAUAGGUGGUCACUUGGUACGAGAUAAUGACCACUCUGAUCACUCUAGCCGAGAACUGUCCAAGAUUUUGGCAAAGCUGGAACGCUUAAAACAACAAAAUGAAGACUUGAGGAGAAUGGCUGAAUCUCUCCGAAUACCAGAAGGCCCCAUUGAUCAGGGGCCAGCUUCAGGAAGAGUUCGUGCUUUAGAAGAGCAAUUUAUGAAGGCCAAAGAACAGAUUGAAAAUUAUAAGAAACAAACUAAAAAUGGUCCAGGGAAGGAUCAUGAAAUCCUAAGGAGGAGGAUUGAAAAUGGAGCUAAAGAGCUCUGGUUUUUUCUACAAAGUGAGUUGAAGAAAUUAAAGAAUUUAGAAGGAAAUGAACUCCAAAGACAUGCAGAUGAAUUUCUAUCAGAUUUGGGACAUCAUGAAAGGUCUAUAAUGACGGAUCUAUACUACCUCAGUCAAACAGAUGGGGCAGGUGAUUGGCGUGAAAAGGAGGCCAAAGAUCUGACAGAGCUGGUCCAGCGGAGAAUAACAUAUCUUCAGAAUCCCAAGGACUGCAGCAAAGCCAAGAAGCUAGUGUGUAAUAUCAACAAAGGCUGUGGCUAUGGCUGUCAGCUCCAUCAUGUGGUCUACUGCUUUAUGAUUGCAUAUGGCACCCAGCGAACACUCAUCUUGGAAUCUCACAAUUGGCGCUACGCUACUGGGGGAUGGGAAACUGUGUUUAGACCUGUAAGUGAGACGUGCACAGACAGAUCUGGCAGCUCCACUGGACAUUGGUCAGGUGAAGUAAAGGACAAAAAUGUUCAGGUGGUUGAGCUCCCCAUUGUAGACAGUGUUCAUCCUCGUCCUCCAUAUUUACCCCUGGCUGUCCCAGAAGACCUUGCAGAUCGACUUGUACGAGUCCAUGGUGAUCCUGCAGUGUGGUGGGUAUCCCAGUUUGUCAAGUACUUGAUUCGCCCACAACCCUGGCUGGAAAAGGAAAUAGAAGAGGCCACCAAGAAGCUAGGCUUCAAACAUCCAGUUAUUGGAGUCCAUGUUAGACGCACAGACAAAGUGGGAACGGAAGCAGCCUUCCAUCCCAUUGAGGAAUACAUGGUGCACGUUGAAGAACACUUUCAGCUUCUUGCUCGCAGAAUGCAAGUGGAUAAAAAAAGGGUGUAUUUGGCCACAGAUGACCCUGCUUUGUUAAAAGAGGCAAAAACAAAGUACCCCAGUUAUGAAUUUAUUAGUGAUAACUCUAUCUCUUGGUCAGCUGGACUACAUAAUCGAUAUACAGAAAAUUCACUUCGGGGUGUGAUCCUGGAUAUACACUUUCUCUCCCAGGCAGACUUCCUAGUGUGUACUUUUUCAUCCCAGGUCUGUAGAGUUGCUUAUGAAAUCAUGCAAACACUGCAUCCUGAUGCCUCUGCGAACUUCCGUUCUUUGGAUGACAUCUACUAUUUUGGAGGCCAAAAUGCCCACAACCAAAUUGCCAUUUAUCCUCACCAACCUCGAACUGAAGGUGAAAUCCCCAUGGAACCUGGAGAUAUCAUUGGUGUGGCUGGAAAUCACUGGGAUGGCUAUUCUAAAGGUGUUAACAGAAAACUGGGAAGGACGGGCCUAUAUCCCUCCUACAAAGUUCGAGAGAAGAUAGAAACAGUCAAGUACCCCACAUAUCCGAGGCUGACAAGUAAAGCUUGGACGGACAGAUGAGAAAGACAACCAAACUCAGUUCAAACCAUUUGAGCCAAACAACAGAUGAAGAUGGCCCCAACCUAACAACUCACGGUUAAAUGAGUCAACACCCUCAGCACCAGAAACAGCUGGAUCUGACAGAUGCUCCAUUGGUGGAAUUCCUCUUUAACAAGGGCUACAGUGCCCUCAAACCCAUGCACAGUCAGAUAAUGUACUCACGUAUAACAUGCAAACAGGUUGUUUUCUACUUUACCCUUCUUUCAAGAUUAUAUCCUCAUGAAACAAACACUGCCAUAUUGUGUAAUUUCGGUGACACAGACAUUUUGUGUGAGACUUCAAACAUGGUGCCUAUAUCUGAGAGACCUACGUGACCUAAUGAGAUGACCCGGAUAGCUCCCUCUGUGGGGAGCUUAAUUCUUAGCCAGUGGUGGUAUUAUAACCACUGAAUUCACUCUAGACAGCAGAUUCAGAAUGAGAAUGGGUGUUUUUGUCUGGAAUUUUUUUUUUUAAGUAAUUGCACCAGUUCAUCCACCUCAUCAUUAAUAAGUGAAGGAUACAACAGAAAAUAAAAUGUUCCCUCUCCAUUAGGAACUUUUGUAAAACAAUGCCAUGCACAGAUUCUUUAGUACUCAAUGUUUCUGGACAUUCUCUUUGAUAACAAAAAAUAAAUUUUAAAAAGAGGAA